CUCGCAGCAUCCGCGGGAGAAAUGGCGGCGGAUCCGGUUACCGAUCCGAUCAGCUGGAUUCAGCUGGAACCACAAUGAGUCCAAACACACCGAUCAAUUGAACCGAGUCCGCAGAUACGGGUCUGGAUCAAAGAUUAAAAGCGGAUUUAAGCGCGUUCGUCACGGGAAUCUAAUUUGAUAUUAUCAUCAUGGAUCUGUUCGGGUUUCUCAAUUUAAACGAGCUCGCGCUCGGACUGUCGAAUCUGCCCAUGUUUCCGUACUUUGACAUGGCGCAUUAUAUCGUAUCAGUGAUGAGUCUGAGAGAACAGCCAGGAGCGUUGGAGGUUUCUCAGCGCAGUCCGUUCGCCUGCUGGUUCAGUUCUAUGCUGUAUUGUUUCGGAGGGGCGGUUCUCUCUGCGAUCAUGAUGGCGGAAGCGCCGGUCGCACCGCUAUCCAACAGCACCAACUUACUGCUGGCCUCACUCAUGUGGUAUCUGGUGUUUUAUUGUCCUCUAGAUAUAAUUUACUCGUUGGCGUCCAUCUUUCAUGUGCGUCUGUUUCUGACCGGUAUGAAGGAAGUGACACGUACCUGGAAGGUUUUGGGCGGAGUCACACAGGCAGGCAGAAAGUACAAAGACGGGCUGUUUGUGAUGAUUGCAGUGGGCUGGGCCAAAGGUGCAGGUGGAGGUCUCAUCAGGAAUUUUGAGCAGUUGGUUCGUGGCGUCUGGAAGCCUGAAACGAAUGAACUGCUGAAGAUGACAUACCCGACUAAGGUGACCCUGCUGGGAGCCGUUGUGUUUUCUCUCCAGCAGUGCCUUUACCUCCCGAUCCAAACACAUCACCUGAUCUUCAUCUACACGCUCUUCAUCGUCACUAACAAGACACGGAUGAUGCUGUUGGGUUCGUCCUCGUAUCCCUUUUCAAUGGUGGAGUCUGUCGUUUACAAAACUCUGUUUGUACGACCUCUGACCUUUUCUCCUCUGGGUGACCUGACUCAAAGCUCAGGUCAGAGUUGCUCCAUUUCUCAGAACCACAACAAACCAAACGGCUCGACAUCCACCCGCACACAGGACAGAAAACACCACGAUACCAACGACACAGACCAAACGGACCCACAAGAGUCGGCAAAAGCUAAAAAGACCAAAUGAGUCGUGACCAAUGAGAGACGGUCUUACUGGAUCAUCUUGUAGCACAAACUUUGAUUUCCGGUGACACUUUUCUAAACUUUUUCCUGCUGAGAAUGUUUUAAAAUGCACAAAUCCUCUUUUUUUAAUCUGUGUAUGUUGCUCUGAUAUGUAUAUAUUUGCUAAUAAUUCACAGAAAUUUCUAUUCUUUUCUAUUCUGUAAUUGUGAGUGUAUUUUACAUUAUUCAUAAAAUGCAUUUUAUGAAUGCAAUCACAGAUUGCUGAAACAUGUUUCACUGAGAGAUAUUUUGAAUGCUGAAAUCGUUUAAUAUAAAUCACUUGCACUUCA